AAGCUUCCCUCUGUGUCAGUGAGUCCCUCUGCUGAGAUAGUGGAGGGCAGUUCAGUGACUCUGACCUGCAGCAGUGAUGCUAACCCAGCAGCUAAAUACACCUGGUACAAGGAGAAUGGAAAUCCAAACCUUCAUCCUCUAAGUAAAGAACCACAGCUUGUCUUCAGGUCCAUCCAGUCCUCUGACUCUGGAGAGUAUUACUGUGCAGCAGAAAGCAAGCUGGGGAGGAAGACAUCUGAAUUUGUCUUUAUCAAUGUGAAAUAUGCUCCAAAGCUUCCCUCUGUGUCAGUGAGUCCCUCUGCUGAGAUAGUGGAGGGCAGUUCAGUGACUCUGACCUGCAGCAGUGAGGCUAACCCAGCAGCUAAACACACCUGGUACAAGGAGAAAGUUUGUAUCCUCGCCCACACCGGGUUCUACAGUGGGACCAUUUCACUCCUAUAUGACCCUACAAAUAGAUCGGGAACCAUAAAAAUUAUUCAUGAGCACAGUGUGCAAAAGCUUCCCUCUGUGUCAGUGAGUCCCUCUGCUGAGAUAGUGGAGGGCAGUUCAGUGACUCUGACCUGCAGCAGUGAUGCUAACCCAGCAGCUAAAUACACCUGGUACAAGAGGAAUGGAUAUCCAAACCUUCAUCCUCUCAGUAAAGAACAAAAGCUUGUCUUCAGGUCCAUCCAGUCCUCUGACUCUGGAGAGUAUUACUGUGCAGCUGUGAAUGAUCUGGAGGGGAAGACAUCUGGAUUUGUUUCUAUUAACGUGAAAUAUGCUCCAAAGCUUCCCUCUGUGUCAGUGAGUCCCUCUGCUGAGAUAGUGGGGGGCAGUUCAGUGACUCUGACCUGCAGCAGUGAUGCUAAACCAGCAGCUAAUUAUACCUGGUACAAGGAGAAUGAGGACUCACCAAAAGCAUCAGGAAUGAUGUUCACCAUCACUGUUGUUAGACCUGAACACAGUGGGAAAUAUUACAGUGAUGCCCAAAACAGAAGAGGGAGUCUUAGCUACUAUGAUGAGAAGUGGGGAGAUUAA